CUGAUAGACGGCACUGACUGGCAUCACUGCUGGGCACUGACUGGCGGCACUGACUGGCACAACCGCUGGGCACUGACUGGUGGCACUGACUGGCAGCACUGCUGGGCUGCACUGGUGGGUGGCACUGGUGGGCAGCACUGGUGGGUGGGCACAGGUGGGUGGCACUGGUGGGCACAGGUGGGCGGAACUUGCGGGUGGCACUGCUGGGCACCGAUCAUCAGGGCACUGAUCAUCAGUGCCCUGAUGAUCGGUGCCGAUCCCCGCUCUGACAACUGCCGGUUCUCGGCAGUACUUUCCUCACGAUCUGACAGCGUGAGGAAAGUGCAGCCGAGACUCGGCACUUGC